AUGGAAGGGAGUGAAACCAAGAAGAGAAAUAUGGAUAAGAGGAGAGAAACUUCCCGGUGCGCUGCUCGUGAUCGUAGGGGCAAAGAGUCUCACGUGUUCAAUGACUUAAAAGAUGUUGUACCUGUCGUGGAAGAGCCUAAUGCAACUCAUUUGGAUAGGAUUGCUUUGCUUCGAGUUUCAUCAGCUUUUUGUCGAUUCCGUCAGCAUAUCUCAAGUGUUAUUGGAAACAAUGUUAAUUAUGAGCCAGACGAGUAUUCUAAUCUAUGGCAGGAAGAGUCUUUGACAGAAUGUCUUGAUGGAUUUGUUCUUGUUCUGAAAAAUGAUGGCUCAAUUCUUUACACGACAGAAAGUGUAGCGAAUUAUUUGGGACAUACUCAGACUGAAAUGAGUGGAAUAUCGUUUGAUGAAUUUGCUCAUCCAGACGAUUAUCAAGAAUUUAAAGAGCUGGUGUCCCUUUAUUUAAAGGGUGUAAUAAAGGAGACAGAAGUUAGAUCUGUCGUGCUUCGAAUGAAAUCUAUUAUCAGUCCUCGGGGAAGAACGUUGAAUAUGAAAAGUGCAAUUUAUAAGCCAAUAAGUUUUAUGCUACGAGGCCGCUGUUGCACUGACGGAUGUGUAGUCCUUCUUCACGGAAUUUCUCUGCCAGCUGGUAUUGGGUCUGCAAACGCUGCUGCCACUGCUAUUGCUAAGGGUUCGGAAGCAUUAUCGGGUACUUUCCUAACAAGACAUAGCUGUGAUAUGCGAAUUACAAGCAUAAGUGAUCGUUUGAACUAUCUUCUGAAAAAUGAAUUGAAGACUCUAAUUGGAACUAGUUUUUACGAUCUUGUUCAUCCAUGUGACUGUGAAGUCAUCAGCCAGGCGAUGAAAGAAAUGUUUGCAAAAGGGCACGUUAGGACUCCAUACUAUCGAUUGUUAGCUGCCAAUAAGUCUGUGGCAUGGAUAAUCACGGAAGCUAACACUAUUAAGCAUACAUCGAAAGGACAAGCUGGUCAAUAUGUUAUAUGUCUUCAUUAUCUUGUGGGAGUGCAACCUGAAAGCGAAUCUUUCAUCAAUCCAACUGUUUCAAGUGACAUGCGAAUGCUCAAUCUUAAGAAAGAGAUUACGGAUUGCGGAGAAUAUGCUGGACGGCAGCCUGAAGUUAUUGAUGCUGAUUUCGUUCCUGUAUUCAGUGGUGAAUAUGACAGGUCAUUGAGCCCAUUAGUCUCCUCAUCAGGAGAUUGUACGAGAAACUACGACAAAAUUUACGGUUGGGUUCCAGCGGACGAGCCUAAUAGAACACUCGAAACCUGCCACGGACAAAGUUCAAUUGGCGACCCCACUUUGGCCUCGGCCCAAGUCAUGGCUAGACCCAGUUCGCCCACGGAACCGGAAACAGAUGUAUCCUAUCCCGGAAACACUGGAAGAUGCUCGAACAAUGUUAUGUACUCUGAAAAUACCCAUGCUUACGGCCCAGCAUCACCAGCCAUUGUUUCCCACUGCGGGAACCAAUCUCUGGAGCGUGACCCAACCUCCAAUCCUUUAUCCUGCAUUCCCGCCAUUUGUUUAUCCGACAGUAACGUUAUGUCGUCCGAUGUCCCACAACGGUCCUCCGGAGUGUACCCCUUUAUGCCUGCUUCCCAUACUUCCACAUCAACUGUGCCUCAGUCAGUGAUCAAUCCUUCUUUCCAUCAACCAGAAACACAAGCAUCAGAUCAUCAUCAAUGGGAAGAUUUGACGGGUUUAGCUCCUUAUGUGCCAUAUGAAGACGAGAUGAAUUAUCCUAUGGACUUUCUACCUGAUGAUUUACAAGAGUUUUUACAAGAUUUACCUGAGUGGAAGCCAGAACAACCUUAUAUCCCUGCUGGUCCCAAGCCUGCGAUGGCCGCUGUACAUCAGCAAAGUCGUUGUAUAGAGCAAUUUGAAGCCAAUCGCUUUGAGUCAUAUGAUCCAUCCCUGAAUUUGAAUCAGCGAGAUAUGAAUCAACCUGCUUUGAAUUCAUAUUGGCAGGGAGCAAAGCCAGACAACUGGGAUUGCAAUCAAUUUUCACUUAACGGAAUUCCUUAG